GAAACAGCAGCAGCAGCAGCAGCAACAACAGUAAUCAGCAGCAGAGAGUGACAGUAACCAAAGCCCAACAAAGGCAAAGGAGCACUGUUCAGCCCUGCACAUCUGCGACUGCAAUAUGCAAAAGGGCUGAUCACGAUAAUGUUGACUCCAACUGCGGCAUCAAUUUCAUUUGCGGACUCCCAGAAUAGUUAUUAUUAUAUAUAAAAAGAAGUGAAGGAUCAGUCCCAUUGAAUCGUUGCAAGAUUCCCCCACCACCACUUCUUUGUGAGUUUAUAAAAUCGCUUCCACCCAGAAAAUGCAGCGUCUCAGACUGCGUAACGCAGAGGCUGAUAUAACAAGGCGUUUGGAGGCAGAGCACCGCGAGGCCAAACGAGCAGAAGCCAGGCUAAUGAACCAACUCAAUGACCUGGACGAAGCACAAGCUUACUAUGUCAACGCGAUGAGUAAAGAGCAGAGGCGUGUUCAGAGAGACCUUAUGAGAGUAGUGCAUGGUUAUUCCAAGAAGACAGCGUGCAGCUUUGGAAGCUCGUUCUUUGCCAAUGUUACUCCUAAUAAAGAAAACUUCUGCAGCAACAAGAUUAUUUUGCCAACCAUCCCAGCUGUCAAGGACCAAACCCUUAACAAGGAGUCAGAGGCAAUCCGGACUCAAAGAUACCGAUCUGCCAAGGUUGAUAGUGUCAAGACACCCGCUGAUCCAUCCGUCGCUUUGCAGACACGGAUCAAUGAGUUCCUAAAUCGGAUCAGCAGCAAGAAGGACAAGUCAAGUGGGCAGGUGGAGGAAGAGGAGGGAAGAGCCUCCACGCCGUCUGGGCCCCACAGGCCCAAACCCGAAGCCUCCAUCAGUGACAUUAACAUGUUAGAGGUGAAACACAGCAUCGCGAAGCGCCUGAGCAGUUCAGUAAGAGCAGUGGCCGCGGAGGCACCCAAGCAAAGGGAGGGCCAAGCAGGCAGCCAGACAUCACAAGUGGAGAGCGAGGGCAGAGGAAAUUGGAACGUUGGUACCAGCGACUUGGCAGGAAAACAAAUAAACUCCGUGUGUCCGGCUAUCAGCCCCCAGCUUUCAGUAUUGCCUGAAAACCAAACGUUGGAUAUGGAACUUUAUACCCCAGAUGGGCUGCCCAGAACCAUGUACACCAUGCCCACAUUCAGUGAGGCCUUUGCAGAAGCAAAAAAGGCAAGGUACAUCAGACACAGAGUGAUGCCUGACUCUGAGAGAGAACUGACGAUCGCUGAAAUAUUUGGGCAGAGACGAGAGUCUGUCCAAGACAACAGCCCGAAAGAACCAGCAACUCUACAGCAGAGCCAGUAGAUGGUGAUAAUAAGCCUUGCAGCACUGUACUGGAAGUAUCAGCCUUGGUCAUGUGAGUUUAAAGUCCCGAAAUAGAGCAUCGUGAAGGUGCGACAACUUGCAUUUAUGUAGCACUUUCUGCAAAGGAUGAAUAUCUCAACACAGCAGAUUCAGUCUCUGAUACAGUCAAUACAAUAGGCAUUUGCUUAGAACGAUUUACAAGAAUGUACAACAUGGAAACAGGCCAGUUGGUCCAACCAGUCAGUGCCAAUGUUUAUAUUCCACCCAUUACUCCCUCCCUCCCAUACGCUUCUAUUCCCUUUUCCCUCAUGUGAAGGUCUAGCUUCCUUUUGAUUACAUCUAUACUAACUUAACCAUCACUUCAGACAAAGAGUUCCGCAAUCUACCCUCUGCGUGAACUAGUUCCUUCUAAACUCUCUUUUAAAUGUACUAGUUGCUAUCUUAAAUUUGUGUUCCCCUAGUUACGAGCUCUCCAAUCAGUGGAAAACGCCUACUUAUGUUAACCUUAUUGAAACACAUCAGAUAUGCUAUCAACAAUACGUUGUGUACACAGAACAGAAAAGA